AUGGCUCGCGGUAUCAUCAAGCACUUGAAGCGCAUGUAUGCGCCGAAGCAGUGGAUGCUGGACAAACUCCGCGGUCGAUGGGCGCCCAAGCCGAACGCGGGUCCGCACAAAUUGCGCGAGUGCCUUCCACUGAUUGUCAUGUUGCGUCAGCGCCUGAAGUAUGCCCUGACUUACCGUGAGGUGAAGAUGAUCGUCAUGCAGCGCUUGAUCAAAGUGGACGGCAAGGUGCGCAGCGACAUGUUCUACCCAGCCGGUUUCAUGGAUGUGGUGCAGAUCGAGAAAACUAAGGAGAAUUUCCGACUGCUGUACAACACCAAGGGCCGAUUCAUGCUCCACAAGGUGGCGAAGGAGGAGGCGAGCUACAAGCUCUGCCGCGUGAAGAAGGUCAUGCGAGGCCCUCGAGGUGUCCCCUACGCCGUGACGCACGAUGGCCGCACCAUCCGAUAUCCCGACCCGGAUGUCAAGGCGCAUGACACCAUCAGGUUAAACUUGGACACUGGCAAGAUGAUGGACCAUGUGAAGUUCGAGACCGGCAACAUGGUCAUGAUCAGCGGUGGAAACAACAUUGGCCGCGUGGGCACCAUCACUCAUGAAGAGAAGCACCCGGGCUCCUUCGAGAUGGUGCACGUCAAGGAUGCCUUGGGACACACCUUCAACACGCGACUUGAGAACGUCUUUGUCAUUGGUCAGGGUAGUAAGCCUUGGAUCUCCCUGCCAAAGGGCAAUGGCGUGAAGAUGUCCAUCAUUGAGGACCGUGUGGCGAGGAAGGAAAAAGUUCGGGCGUUGCUGUGGAUUUGUCGUGGUUUGGACCUGAAAGAUCUGAAAGUUCGGCGCAGCACCAUUCCAGAAGAGCCAGGUGCAGUGUGUUUACGACGAGGUCGUAAGUGGUCGCUUCUGGAAAGCGAAAGUGUCAAUGCUUCGGAGGUGCCCCGUGCCCUUCCCAAACGGACGCGGCCGCGAUCCCUACAUGGGCGGCAGCGCUGCGAUCGACUAAGGGGAAACCUGGGGAAGGUCCUGCAGCGUCGUCUCUUUCCGUUCGAAGUCGGUCGACUUUCUCAUGUCUUACUGGACCACCUGGAACGCAUCUUUGACCUGGCCCUGGUCUACCACGACUUCUACGCCGGCGCAUUGUCGGAGCACGGUGGACCCUUGCGGCACCGUGCCUCGUUGGUGAAGAAACUGAGCGAAUUCGUCAUUGGUGAUGAAGGUGAUGCAGAGGGCUAUGCAUAUCCCCAAGAUCCCACAGAGCCUCCGUUGGCUGCUGCUGCCAUCUCUCCCACCUCUGCUUUGGAGUUGGUCGGCAACUUCUUCUACCACGCACAUGGACGAGAGCAGUGCGCUCCGCACGACUGUGGGAACCAGGUGCCAGUGCUUCGAUUCCAGCGAGUGGCACCGUUGCAUAUGCGAAAGGCCUUUUGUAACUACUACCAUUUCACGACAGUGGCACUGGCCCGUUUGGUCACCUUGCUGCCUCGGCUGGUAGAGGAUGAGUCGCUGCUGGUGCUCAUUCCGCACCCCAACAAGAAGGGCCAAGGGUCGCCCUAUAUACGCGAGAGCCUGCGUUUGCUAGGCCUGAACGACGAGCGCGUGCUGAGUUUCCCUCCCUGCCGCCUGGUUUUCGCUGAAGAGGUGCUGCUGGGAGGUGCGGGGCCGCGCAGCAGCUUCGGACGCGAUCAGCAGGGAAGGGCGCGGGCGAUUAUGGCAGAUGUGGCCGAUGAGCAACCCAGUCGCCGUGUGCGACACGCUUUUCUGGCCUUAAAUCUCAGGCGGCUUCCGGCGGACCUCCUUCUCAUCGACCGUCACGAACGCCGACGAAUCGAGAAUCUUCCAGAGGUUGUUGAUGCUCUGGGAACGCUGCCGGGACGGAACCACACCCUGAUCUAUUGCGAGAAUCUGACCUUCACCGAGCAAGUGUCCAUGUUUGCCUCUGCCAAUGCAGUGCUGGCGAUCAGUGGAGCGUGUUUAGCCAACAGUCUCUACAUGCGGGAGAAUGCGCUGGUGGUGGACUUGGUACCUGUGCAGAACUACAUGGGUGCAGAUGUGGUGAUGCCUUUGCACUGCGGCAUCACCUGGUUCUGGACCUUGAGCUCCAAUGUGCCGCUGCGCUACCGCACAAUGAUGCUGCCGGAAGGGGACCUGGAGGCUGAUAGCAUCCAGGUGCCAGUGGCGAAGCUCCGGCGGCUCUUGCUGCGGGAGACCUCCACAGCGCCCCGCCGGGGGCGCCGGCCUUUCGUUGUGCGCGGGUGGCUACUGAACGAGACUAGAAAGGCUGCAGUGCAGAGUGUCAAAGGCUGGUCCUCAACCAGCUGUCAGGAGCCUGGAGAUGGUUACUGGAAGUGUCUUCAAGACAGCUAUGAGCGUAGGCUCGCCUCCAACAUGACGAGCGUCGAGUUGGAGGGUGAGUUCAUCACCAGUCUGGGAAAGUUGCAGCAUGAUGUGGAAAUGCUGGAGCAUUUGCAGACCGUCGAGACCUUUCCAGCGCUGCGCCUCUUCCGUGCCCUGCAUGCUGCGGCGAAGACGCGCAAGCGGCCGCAGCAGGUCUUCGAAAUCCGCCUGCCCAUGGGUGAUGCGCGGCGAGCGCUCCUUGCGUCGGUGCAGGCGGCGCUGUGGACGCCAGGGCCGCGCUCCGCGGGCUCCGGGUUGGCUGCCGGAGCGCUGGCGCCGCAGCUCAGUGCGCUGGUGGGUUCGGACUUGGCAGCGCGGGGCUAUGCCGUGGCAGAUGGGGUACUGUCUGAGGAUGCGCGGUCAACAUUGUUGGAGAAUCUGCAGCAAAGCACCAUGUACCACCAGCUGGAUCCCAGUGGUGCCUUCCUCUUGGCCAACCUGGCCUUCAUGGAGGACCAUCAGCUGCUACGAGACCUGGUGCGGCAGCUGGAACAGGUCUUGCCGAUGCUGGGCGACUUCUGCGACGUCGCGGUCGCCAAAGCGCUGGGUGAGGGCAGAGCGCGUAGAGCGUUCCUGGCGUCCGGGGCAGAGGUAACUAUGCUACUAUGGUUGGUUCCCUCGGAAAAGUCGCCGGCGCUGUACUUCCCAGGGUCAAAAGCAACUGUCAGUUAUGCGGAGAAUCGGGCCGUGUUCUGGCGGGACGAAAGUGAUUCGACGCCAGAGUGGCUCCCUGAUGCGUCCUGGACGUCGAAAAUUCCCGUUUUCGAUGAUGUGGAUUCCGGGAAUCAUCCACAUGAACAAGCUGGCCGUUUUCGAUUGUUCAGCUAUUUCCAGGAACGCACCGCCUGGGAUCCCUUCGCUCAGACGACUGCCAAAGAGGAGCUCGAGAGCUGGGAUCCUUUUGAGGACCUUGAACUUCUGGAGCUCACUGGGGACUUGGCGUUGGAGGCGGAGGAUGUGGAAGGCUUAGAGGCAUGGUUAGCUCAGGCGGCUUCAAAGCUGCCAUGGGACAAAGUUCGGCCCAAGCAGGAGCGACUAGAGCAACUGAGAAAGGCCCAAAAGGAGCAAGAAGAAAAAUCCCGCGCCGAAAAGACACGUCUGGAGACAGAGGCUCAAGUGUCAGAGACGGAGGCCAUCAAGAGCUCGGCUCAGCAGAAGCUGCUGCGCAAAAGGCACCGGUUUUUUUCGGCGACGUGA